CUUACUAUCAACAUUGACGAUUGUGUUUCUGAAGAAUUUGUUGCAACGUCUGGAAUUCCACAGGGGAGUCCUCUUGGCCCUUUGAUUUUCUUACUUUACUUCAAUGAUGUAAAUCUUUGUCUGGACAGACGACGAGUUUCUUUCGCUGAUGACCCUAAGAUCUAUCACAACAUCCGCAGCUCAGAAGAUGCGGCAUUCCUUGAACGGCAAUUGACAAUCUUUGCGUAUUUGGGUAAAACCAAUCAUGUGAUAGUGGAAAAGUGCUCAAUCAUUACGUUCACAAGGAAAAAAAAUACCAUUCAAAAUCGAAUAUUCGCCCUUAUUCUGAAUAACGACGUAUUGAUUUUUCGAUCGAAUGUGGUUCGAUCGAAUCAUAGCUACCUUUGAUUUUGCUAGCGUUAUGGGGAAUACAAAUGAAAUACGAUGGAAAAACCGAUACGACGUUAUUCAGAAUAAGGGCGAUUAUCUUGAAGGAUUCAUGAUUACUAGAUCGACAUGCGUCAAAGAUCUUGGUCAAAGAUCUCGAUGAGUAGUUAUCGUUUAAACAGCACAUUAACUACAUUGUUGCGAAAGCUUCUCGCUGCUUGGAAUUCCUGUUUAGAAUGGCUAAGAACAUCACUGAUAUUUAUUGCCUAAAGUCUCUAUACUGUUCACUCGUUCGUUCUACUCUGGAAUAUUACUCAGUAGUCUGGAACUCUCUUUACCUCAAUGGAGAUCAUAGAACAGAAUUCAUACAAUGUAGAUUCGUUCGUUUUUUUCUUCGUCGAUUACCUUGGAAUAAUCCUCAUCAACCGCCGAGCUAUGGAAGUCACGGAUUGCUGAUUGGUCUUGACACACUACAAGUACGACGAGAGCUUUCGCGUGCUUUGACGAUAGCUGGUAUUUUGAAUGAUAGGAUUGACUGUCCGACUUUGCUCCGUGAGGUUAAUAUUAAUGUUCGUCCUCGUGCUCUCCGUAACAACACCUUCCAUUGACUACCUCUACGUCGCACCAACUAUGGAAUUAACGGUGUCGUUAUAGACUUGCAAAAAUCGUUCAAUUGUGUAUCAUCUGGAUUUGACUUCAACCUUCCACGCAAAACAAUUUAUUUCCUGCGCCAGACUGGACAACAACGAAUCCCUCAUAACAAUUAAACCCGUUAGCACUACACAGCACUACAGUCAGCGUUAACAAGGACGACUAUCAAAGUUCUCGCGCCGACAAAAGCAGCAACAGACACAGGCAGGAGUGUGUGAGAUAAUUGUUGGAGAAGCAGAACGGUUAUUAGUAAAAGAAGAUACCGUUGCAAAACAGCAGCCGUUUUUUGCUCUGCCCUCUGCCUAUAUAUCUCUCUCUCUCUCCCCAUCUCUCGAGCCUUUGAAAACCGAAAAAUACCGGUACGCUUAAGCGCGUGCGCGGGGUGGUUAGAGAGGUGUUGUUUUGUUGCACGAUUUGGUAAACAAGCUGUUUUUGAUACGGGUGUGUAAAUAAUACCGAUCGGAGCAGUUAGUUGAACAGUGAGCGAAAGAAGAAGAAGAAGAAGAAAAGGAAGCGAAAAAGAGCUUUGCAUUGUCGAAGAAAAAUAUAGCGCCAGUUGUCAUCGCAACGUUGAGCCGAAGAGUGAGUUUGUUUUGCGCUACAAAGUGCCACCUAUGCAAUUGCUGCGAGGUACGAACCAAAUUUCGAAAUUUCGGUAAAUCGGAGUGAACCGGAGUGCUCUGGCGGCAGAGAAAUCGAUGUUUAGUAGUGGUGCAGUGUGAAAUCAAUGCGAUGGGUGUAGCGUUCAAUUUCGACUUCUGGUCCAAUCCGGACGAAGUGACGGAGGUGACAUUCUUUCUGCCAAAUGGAGUUCUUAUUAUAUUGAAGUAUUCAAUCUAUGCCACACUACAGGAUCUAAAAACGGAUGUCUGGGAAGAAGCGGAACGUUACCCACUGUACUGCCACCUGGGCGAUAAGUCGAUGUACUUUUUCAGUACCAUGAGCAGUGCCAACAACAACAGUUACGAGUUGAGCGACGAAAGUAAACGACUUAUCGAUGUGGCACCGGUGUUCUGUAUGUUCCGCUUCGUGGAGAAGCAGAAGCAGGUCUCCACGAACAAUAAUCUGAUUCAGAACAUCACCAAACUGCUCGGACAGAAGGUGUCGGAGAAAAAUCCGGAGGUGAAUGACUUUCGCACCAAGAUGAGCUACCUCGGCGAGGAAAUCGCUAACAAGCGGUCCGUGAUGGGCCUGAUGGAACGGAUCAUGUACCAGUAUCCUCCGAAACUAGUCAACAGUGCCCACAUUCCCGAGCUGGUGAAGAAGCGAAUAACUAACGGAGACAUAUGUGUAGUAGCAAAGAGCGCGGAUAUGCAGGUUACGGUUAAAAUUCCUUGCAAAGCAACACCGGACGAAGUGUUGAAACGAAUUCUGGAAAAGAAGCAAAUUUCGGUCAACACACGGAAUGAGAACAGUUCUGAUUUUAUCCUGAAAGUUUGUGGCCGUGAAGAGUACAUGUUCGGUGAUCAUCCGAUCAUCAACUUUCAGUACGUGCAGGAUUCGCUGUCACGCGAAGAAACACCUACGUUUGUUCCGAAGUUACUGCGCAGCGUAGAAGUGUUCAAGGAAAACGUCUACGCAAUCGUAGAAGACCUUAACCAAAGGUCAAACAGUACCGGUAGCAAACCGUCAUCGCAGACUCUGCGAAAAAUGAAGCACAUCACCAGCUGGGACAUCGAAGCACAGUUCCAGUGUACAGUUUACAACAUAGCGAACGUGAAUUGCGACGCUGAGGUGGGAAUUCAGCUCGGUUUGUUUCACGGGGGAAAAUCGCUUUGCAAGUCGGUGAAAACGAAACUGGUUUCGGUGAACAAAGACAAACGUGCCUUCCUGGAUCAGAAUAUCGUUUUUGAUAUCGACGUAAAGAAUGUUCCUAGAAUGGCCAGAUUGUGUAUGGUGAUUUAUGAAAACGUACGGACGGCGAAGGGCGUCGGAGUGAGGGCACGGCGAACCGAGGACGGUUUUAUGAAUCCUAUCGCGUGGGUCAACACCAUGUUGUACGAUUACAAGAAUCAGCUUAAGGCAGGUGCAGUUACGUUGUACACCUGGGCUUACGCCGUGGAUUUACAAUCGGAGGAUGUGCUACGCCCGCUUGGUACAAUCGAACCGAAUCCCUACCGGGAUCAGUGUUCGUCCAUUAUCCUCAGCUUUCACAACUACAGCCAAGAGAAUAAGAUUAUUGUUUAUCCAUCCGAGGAUCAACUGGUGGAUCAUGCAAUGAAGAUGAGGCGAAUCAAUAGACAUCUGAAUCGGGACAGCGCGGAGGAAACCCGCCCGAUUAAGGAGAUUUUGACGCAUUAUCUACACAACAAUGAACGGCUGAACGAUAUGCAUGAGCAGGACCGUAAUGCCAUCUGGACGAAACGAAGAGAAUGCAUGACCCUGGAACCGGAAGGAUUGCCCUGUUUGCUGUACUGCGUCGAAUGGAACAACAGGAAUGAGGUAGCAGAAAUAACCUCCCUGCUGCAGGAAUGGCCCCUACUGCCGCUGGAACGUGCCCUCGAGCUGCUGGAUUACGCGUAUGCCGAUCAGUACGUGCGGCGGUAUGCCGUCAAGUGCCUGCGUAAGAUCCAGGACAGUGAGCUGCUGCUGUAUCUGCUGCAAUUGGUGCAAGCGAUGAAGCACGAAUCCUACCUGUACUGCGAUCUGGUUGAAUUUCUGCUUCAGCGAGCACUGAAUAAUCAGCACAUUGGGCACUUUUUCUUCUGGCAUCUGCGCUCGGAAAUUCAAGUUCCCUCCGUGCAGGUACGGUUCGGGUUGAUCCUCGAAGCAUACUUGAAGGGUAGCCACGAACACGUGGCGAUUCUGGACAAGCAGAUGCAAAUGUUGCAGAAGUUGCAGCUCGGUUCCGAGCUGGUAAAAAAGGGAAACAAGGAAAAAGGCAAGGCAUUGUUGACGGGAUAUCUGCAGGAUCGUCCGGUCGAUGAAGCAUUGUCCGAUGUGAUCAGUCCACUGAAUCCGAGCUUUCGAUGUAAAAGUGUGCGAGCGGAGAAAUGUAAAGUGAUGGAUUCGAAAAUGCGACCGUUGUGGAUCGUAUACAAAAAUUCCGACAUAAAUGGAGAUGAUAUAAAUAUGAUUUUCAAGAAUGGAGACGACUUGAGGCAAGAUAUGUUAACACUGCAAAUGUUACGAAUCAUGGAUCGAAUUUGGAAAACCAACGGGUAUGAUUUCCGCAUGAACCCGUACAGCUGCAUCAGCACCGACCGACUGUUGGGAAUUAUCGAGGUAGUUCUGAACGCCGAAACCAUUGCCAACAUUCAGAAGGAGAAAGGUAUGUUCUCAGCGACUUCCCCGUUCAAGAAAGGAUCUCUACUGGCCUGGCUGAAGGAACAUAACACUACGGAUGAAAUGCUCGCAAAGGCAGUACAAGAAUUCACGCUGAGCUGUGCCGGAUACUGUGUCGCUACGUACGUCCUAGGGGUGGCUGAUCGACAUUCGGAUAAUAUCAUGGUCAAAAAGACCGGCCAACUGUUUCACAUAGACUUCGGACAUAUUCUGGGUCAUUUCAAGGAGAAAUUUGGAUUCCGCCGAGAACGGGUACCAUUUGUGCUGACACAUGACUUUGUGUACGUCAUUAAUAAAGGCCGAACUGAUCGGGAAGCGCAGGAAUUUCGACAAUUUCAGCAUCUUUGUGAAGAGGCAUUUCUAAUUCUACGGAAGCAUGGGUGCCUCAUACUGUCGCUGUUCGCAAUGAUGAUCUCAACUGGUUUACCAGAGUUAUCAUCGGAGAAGGAUCUCAACUACUUGCGGGAAACUUUGGUACUGGAUCGACCCGAAGAGGAAGCGCGCGAACACUUCCGGUCAAAGUUCAGCGAGGCACUGGCCAACUCGUGGAAAACGUCACUAAAUUGGGCAUCUCAUAAUUUUUCCAAGAACAACAAACAGUGACAGUUGCGUUACAAUCUCACCAUGUAAGAAGAAACCCGAAGAGAACGGGUGGCAUUGAAAUGCAGUCGAGUCUGUCUGUCGAGUCCUGCGUAGCGCGGAAUUGCCUAACUACACCGGUGAAUGCGAUAAGUACGGUGAAUACGACUGAAGUUUAAUUUGGUUGCGGCGCAUAGAGCCGGGGACGAACUGCUGACCACUCUCGUUACCCCCCCGUUUUGGUUUUCCUAGCAAAAUCUCGCAUUUUGUUGCUCAUAUCUCAUUAGCCUCGAUAUACAUCGCCUGGUUGCGAAUAAAGGAAGCAGAGCUACCGAAUUAUUUUAGCAUUAAUUUUUUUUUAUCGUUUAGCAACUGUGUAACACUUGUUAUCCGUACGAAAAGCCUGUAUAUUUUAGUUUAGUAGAACAAAACUAGCACUGUAUUCUGAUGUGUGCAUAAACCGUUCCCGUUUUCUGUACAGUGACUAACGCAUGGCUGAUAAUUAAGCGUAGUUUGUAUUAGGAUUUUGAAUUUUUCGGUCUAGUUAGUACAUUAUUUAAACUAAUCAAUGAGAGAGAUAAACAUCAUGCAUUAGCAAAUACCAACUUGGCUCCUGGACACCAGGAGCUUAGUGAAAAGUAAAUCACCACGCGAAUACUGAAAUUAGCUAAAUGAUAAAUAAAUGACUAACAACAGCAAUGCAAGGACUGAUAAAAGGAAGGAUUAAAUUAAUUUAAUUGUAAAUUAUGUACCUAGGAUUGAUCACCUUAACUGAAAUGGUAGCGAAACGCAAUUACACUAGCAAAUGAUUUAUACUAACUUGAUAAAAAAACACAUGAAAGCAUACGUUGAAACACUAGAUAAUUCGAAGUAGAAGGUAAACAUUAUCUCUAGCCUCUAUAUUAGCAGUAAACGUAGUGAAUAAGUAGGGACAGUCGAUGUUUACGCAAAUGACUUGCGAAGGCACCAUAUUCUGAAAAGAAAUAAUUGAAGCUGUAGUGGAGGAUUCAAAUAAAUUGUCUUACAAAUGA